ACGGUAGCACAUUUAGUCAAUUGAAAAACAUUGCAAAUAUGUAAUCAAGUGUGAGCUGUCUAUACUACUACUACAACUAUACUACUACUACUAUGACUACUACUACUACUACUACUAAACAGAAUCAAAAAGACAGCAGAAGGAGAAAGGAACAGGACGAGGCAUGUUGGUGCCAUGUGUCAGUCUCCCUGGAAAAAGAUGAAAGGGUCUCUCCUACCCUCUGGCAGAGUAUGAUGACAGGGUACCAAAUGUAGUUCUUCUCCCAAUACAUUUGUAUUUCCACUAACCAAUUUUACAAUACUGACAGUAAUGUUUUGCAAAUCUUUUCAUACACCAAACCAGCGUUCUGUUUGUUAACUAAAAAUGCAUUUAAUGUAAGUCUUUGUAUUCAUCCUUAAAGCAAUUAUAGCUGUUUAGUUUAUUUUAAACUUUAUACAGAAAUCAUGAUGAUUCAAAUAGAUACUAUUCCUGAUUACAAUUUUGGACUUGUAAAAUGGCUUAAAAUAGGCGUAAUCUGUAAUUUACUCUGUAAAAACAAAUAUGUUAGACCCGAUUAAAAAAAAAAGUUAAAUACAAAAAAUAUACAGGACACUGUGUAACCUUAUUGGUCUUCAUUUUCCUGCCACUAAGAAAUAUAUAAAUAAAAGACAAGUACGCUAUAGCAAUCUCUCAAUCUAAAUGGCAUUGUUCAGCAGUGUAAUCCUUAUCAAAACAUUAUUUAAUGUCCACAAUUUUUACAAACAACAUGAAAAGCGAUUAUCUCAUUUGAAAAUAAAUAUUAUGAUGUGUACAAAUGUGCUUUGGAAAACUUUGAGUCAAAGUGCCUGACGAUGAUAGGCUAAUUUUCUUUGUUACGUUUGGAGUUUAUAACAUGCGUGCCAAACUAAAGAAACAAACCGUUUGCAGCCUGAAACUAUUAAAUGUGGAGACAGGCAGCAGUCUGAUGGGGUGGGAUGAUAACUGGGAGGCGCCUGCCCUUUCAUUAACCCCCCGUUUCCUCCACACCUCAUUGUUUACACCUUCAAAUCCAGACAAAAGAGCAGCAGCUCUGCAGACUUCACUCUAUUCUCCAGUGGAACAAAAAACAACAAUGUUAGUUUCUGUGCUCUGCUUUGUUCUGUUUGGAGGAGUCACCCAUGCCUCUGACACCGCGGCUCCUGCCCAGCUCGGGCCGCCGUCGCUGGGGCUCAGUUCCUCGGUCCGCUCGGUGUGUAAACCCAUCCCGAGCACCCUGUCUCUGUGCCACGGGAUCGGCUACAGGCAAAUGCGGAUCCCCAACUUGCUCGGCCAUGACACCCUGAGAGAGGCCCAGCAGCAGUCGGCGGCCUGGCUGCCCCUCAUCUCCAAGCUGUGCCACCGGGACACCAAGAAGUUCCUGUGCUCACUGUUCGCUCCGGUGUGCCUGCCGGAGCUCGGCGGGCCGGUCAGCCCGUGCCGGAGCCUGUGCGAGGCCGUACGGGACGGCUGCGUGCCCGUUAUGAGCGCGUUCGGAUUCCCGUGGCCGCAGAUGUUUAACUGCACCCGGUUUCCGCACGGAACCGAGUUGUGUAUACCGGCAACCGGAGAGCACGAAGGGCGGACGGCGGAUGAGGUCAGGCACGAGGAGGCGCUUAAAGGGAGUGUUAUCUGUGAUGCCUGCAGUCUGGCUGCUGAAGGAGAAUCUGACAUCCAGGAAAACUUCUGCCAAAGUCCAUAUGCUUUUAAGAUGCGUCUGGGCAGUGUGACGAUGGUGGGAGGAGACCGUCAGCUGGUGCCUACGGCCCGCAGCCGCAUCCUGAGGUGGGCAGGGGGAGGUGCAGAGAGGGCAGAAGGGAUUGGAGGCGCAAUGGCCCACAGCGCUUUGUGGCUGCAAGAAGGAGGCACCUGUACUUGUCCUGGUUUAGACUCUGCAGUGACAAAUGAAGACGGAGGGUUAGAGGAGGGACAGAUGGAUAAGACAAAAGCAAAAGAAGGAGAAAAGAAGAUGAAAGGGGUCCAGAGUGGAUGGUACCUGGCCCUGGCUCAGGCUGAGGAGGGAAGACUAGUGCUGACUCGACUGGUGAGGUGGACCAGAGGGGACAAAGAUCUGAAGAAGUUCAUCAGAGCAAUGCUCAAACAGUCCUGUUCGGAGAUGUAGACAGCGUGUUUUCAACCAUUGCAGUCCUUCCUAUGACCAUAGCUUUGUGGUGCAGUGUGUUACUGUGUGUUGUUCACUGCAACACUUUUAUAUAAUGAACAGCUGACAAAUAGUUAACGCAUAACACUGACUAAAUCCCUUGUUUGCAGAUCGUUAGAUGUAAAUUAACCAAUUAUUCACUAGUUAUCUUAAUCUGUUUGCUAGUGUCUUUGUUGAUGAAUUGUUUCUGAUUAAGGGAUUAAGGUGCUAAAUGCCACACACUCGAUAACAACUGAGUGUUCAUUCAUUAGUACAUAUAUUUUGUAUUACUUUACUCCACAAGUGAAAUAGAGUAUAGUUUUAACAAACUGACAAGCAAGAGUUUUUUUUACAGUGAACAAUUAUUAGACAGAUAGCUAGUUUUUAUACUUUUUGUAGUGACCUCAUUAUUGUGGAAAUAUUAAGCACAUAGCGAUAGUUAGGCAAUGUUGCAAAUGUUACUAUACUGCCA